AUGAACCUAAAAAUUGGCAAUCGCUUACAACUCUAUUAUAAGCAUGGCCUGAUAAAGUACGUUGAAGUAGAGGGCGUCAUAACCAAAAGAGCAUUUAUGUUUCAUGCACUUUCGUCACUGAAGAUCAGAAAGCAUUCUAUAAUAAUACCUAAAUCUUUUUCUGAUCAUAUUCCUACUCAUUUAAUACCUUUAGAUAAUGAACAAUUUGGAUGA